GUGUCAGGUUUACUGAAUCCAGUGUACUCCCGAGCCCGGACGUGGGGGCCUGACGGCAGGGAGGACUCCAUUGGCCUAAGCCGGUCCCGGCGUUGACCCUGCCCGGCCGCGCCAUGUUCGCGCGUGGGUCCCGGCGGCGCCGUUCCGGGAGGGCGCCUCCGGAGGUAGAGGACCCGGACCGUGGCCAGCCCUGCAACUCCUGCCAUGAACAAUGCCCGGGCUUCCUGCUGCACGGCUGGAGGAAGAUCUGUCAGCACUGCAAGUGCCCAAGGGAGGAGCAUGCUGUUCAGUCGGUGCCCCUGGACCUGGAACGCAUCAUGUGCCGGCUCAUCUCAGACUUCCAACGCCACUCCAUCUCUGAUGACGACUCCGGCUGCGCCUCUGAGGAGUACGCCUGGGUACCACCCGGUCUCAAGCCAGAACAGGUAUACCAGUUUUUCAGCUGCCUCCCUGAAGACAAGGUCCCGUAUGUCAACAGUCUCGGGGAAAAAUACCGGAUCAAGCAGUUGCUGCACCAGCUGCCCCCACAUGACAGUGAGGCUCAGUACUGCACAGCACUGGAAGAAGAGGAGAAGAAAGAGCUCCGGGCCUUUAGCCAACAGCGGAAGCGGGAGAACCUGGGGCGUGGCACCGUGCGCAUCUUCCCAGUGACCAUCACGGGGGCCAUCUGUGAGGAGUGUGGGAAGCAGAUUGGAGGCGGGGACAUCGCCGUGUUUGCCAGCCGAGCAGGCCUGGGGGCCUGCUGGCAUCCGCAAUGUUUCGUGUGCACGACCUGCCGGGAGCUGCUAGUGGACCUCAUCUACUUCUACCAUGCAGGCAAGGUCUACUGUGGCCGCCACCAUGCUGAGCGCCUGCGCCCACGCUGCCAAGCCUGUGAUGAGAUCAUCUUCUCCCCGGAGUGCACGGAGGCCGAGGGCCGACACUGGCACAUGGGCCACUUCUGCUGCUUUGAGUGUGAGGUGUCAUUGGGCGGGCAACGCUAUGUCAUGCGUCAGAGUCGCCCGCACUGCUGUGCUUGCUACGAGGCCCGACAUGCUGAGUACUGUGACGGCUGUGGAGAGCACAUUGGCCUAGACCAGGGCCAGAUGUCUUAUGAGGGCCAGCACUGGCAUGCCUCGGACCGCUGCUUCUGCUGUAGUCGCUGCGGGCGGGCCCUCCUGGGCCGGCCCUUCCUGCCUCGCCGUGGCCUCAUCUUCUGCUCCAGGGCCUGCAGCCUGCCAUCUGAAACUGCUGCCCCUGAGCCGGGCCGCCGCAGCUGGAGCGCAGGCAUGGUCUCUGCACCACUCCACGGACCCACAGCCCCUUUCUCUACCGCAGACGGGGCGUCUGAGACAGCCGCCAAAGGCACCAGUACCGAGCCAGUACCUGAUGCAGGUUCCAAGGAACUUACCCACUUUCUGAGAGGGGCUCCCCACCGCCACUCCAUGCCAGAGCUGGGGCUACGAAGCACCCCAGAGUCACCUCCAGGUCAGCCUGACCCAGGCCCAGAAGAUGGUGCUUUCGGUCGACAGAGUACCCCACGUGUCAGUUUCCGAGACCCACUGGUGUCAGAGGGAGGUCCUCGAAGGACCCUGAGUGCACCACCAGCCCAGCGCCGCAGGCCACGAAGCCCCCCACCUCGGGGCCCCAGCCGUCGCCACCGCCACCACUGCCACCAUCACCACCACCUCCCCCACCACCGCCCCUCAGGCAGACAGCACCACCAUCCAUGUGACCUGGGGUCAGGGUCAGACUUGGGAUCUUGUUCCAGCUCCGCCUCCAGUCCCAGUUCUGACUCCUCAGAGGAUGAUGGUUUCUUCCUGGGCGAGCGCAUCCCGCUUCCCCCACAUCUGCGCAGGCCUGCAACUGCUACAGACACCACCGAGACACCCCACUCCCCAUCUCCCCAGCUCCCGGAGGCCGUGCGCCAAGGGACACCUCGAAAGGCCAGAGACAAGAACUGCAUUGUGGCUUGAUGGCGAGACAAUCCUGGAGGGCGUGAGGUGGGGGCAUUCAAGCCAGUAUAGAUGAUGGUUCCCCCCCUCCCAAGUCAUAAAUCCUCUUCCUUUGUUAUUUGUCUGUCUGUA